AUGCCCCGGGGGAGGCGCGGGGGCCGGGUGAGCGCCUUGGAGGCCGGCCGGGAGGAGGAGGCGCCCCCGGCGGCGGGUGCCGUGCAGUCGGCGCGGUGGGCGUCCGGGCGGCAGCCGGAGGCGGCGGCCGAGCUCAUUCUGCUCCGGGGCAUCUUCGAGAUCGGGAGGGACAGCUGCGACGUGGUGCUGAGCGAGCGGGCCCUGAGGUGGCAGCCCAUCCGGCCCGAGCGUCUCCCAGGUGAUUCCAAGUGUGAUUUUCUACAUAGAGAAGAAUUUGUUGAACUCAAGGACAUAUUCUCUGUCAAACUGAAACGGCGUUGUUCAAUUAAACAGCAGAAAAGUGGUACUUUAUUAGGAAUCACUCUCUUCAUAUGUUUGAAAAAGGAACAAAAUAAAUUAAAGGAUUCUACACUUGAUCUUAUUAAUUUAAGUGAAGACCACUGUGACAUAUGGUUUAGACAGUUCAAGAAAAUUUUGGCAGGAUUUUCAAACAGACCAAAGUCGUUAAAAAUACUCCUUAACCCCCAAAGCCACAAAAAGGAAGCUACUCAGGUCUAUUAUGAAAAGGUUGAACCACUGUUGAAGAUUGCGGGAAUAAAGACUGAUGUAACAAUAACAGAAUAUGAAGGGCAUGCCCUGUCACUACUCAAAGAAUGCGAACUACAGGGAUUUGAUGGUGUGGUAUGUGUUGGUGGAGAUGGAUCUGCCAGUGAAGUAGCCCAUGCUUUGCUUCUUAGAGCCCAGAAGAAUGCAGGGUUGGAAACAGACAGCAUCCUGACUCCUGUGGGAGCCCAGCUUCCGCUUGGUGUGAUACCAGCAGGAUCUACUAAUGUAUUGGCGCAUUCUCUCCAUGGAGUUUCUCAUGUGAUAACUGCAACUUUGCACAUUAUAAUGGGGCAUAUACAACCAGUCGAUGUCUGUACCUUCAGCACCAUGGGCAAGUUUCUUCGCUUUGGGUUCUCAGCCAUGUUUGGCUUUGGUGGAAGAGCUUUGGCUGUGGCAGAAAAUCAUCGAUGGAUGUCCCCUAACCAGCGGAUGGAUUUUGCUAUCAUGAAGGCACUGGCAAAACUAAAGCCAGAAGAAUGUGAAAUAUCAUUUUUACCAUUUAACAGCUCUCAGGAUUUAGAAGAAAGGAGGGCACAAGGAUAUCCCAAAUCUGAUUGUAAUGAUCAGUGGCAGGUGAUCCAGGGUCAGUUCUUGAAUGUCAGCAUUAUGGCAAUUCCGUGCCAGUGUGCAGUGGCACCUAGAGGCUUGGCACCUAAUACCAGAUUAAAUAAUGGAAGCAUGGCUCUUAUAACUGCACGAAACACUUCACGACCGGAAUUUAUAAAACACCUGAAAAGAUAUGCGAGUAUUAAAAACCAGUUCAAUUUUCCAUUUGUUGAUACUUACACUGUUGAAGAAGUAAAAGUUUGCCCAAGGAGUAACAGCAGUGGACACAAUCCAGAGGAAGAUCAUGGACCACGUGAAACUGCUUCAGGAAACUGUUUCCCUUGGAAUGUAGAUGGUGAUUUAAUGCAAGUUGCAUCAGAGGUCCAUGUUAGAGUACACCCAGGACUUAUCAAUCUUUAUGGAAGAAGCAUGGAAGAAAUGAAUGAUUCCAAAGUAACAUGUAGUUGUUUAUAAGAGGAAUGUGGAAACUAGAAUUUUAAUAUGAAAAUAUAUAUUAUAUUUUAAUUAAUCAGAUAUUUUAAUAAGGAAAAAUAUCUAUUUUGAAAAGGAAUUAAAAUUGCUAUUUUUGAUGUUACUAAAAUUAGCUUCUAAACUUAAAAAAAUAAGACAUGAAAUAUAUACAAAACAACUGAAAUUUUGAUUUUUGGAGAGUAUUUAUUGGAAUGGAAAAUAAACAUCUCCGGUAUUUGAAAUUUAAACAAGCUAUAUCAAUAUUUAACAUACAUUAAUUCCAAAGUGAAAUAAUUUGGAUUCUUUCUUCCUGGAUUUGAGUCCAUCAAUUCUGAUGUUAAAUUUCAGUAGCCUGGUACCAACAGAUCAGAGUUCAUGUAAGAAUGUUCUGAUAUCCUGAUGAGGUAAGUAUUCCAGCAAGAUUAUAUUUCAAAAUUACACAUUUAGGAAAUCAUAUAACCAGAAAUAGUACUAUUUUCUUUUCCCUCAAAAAUCUCUAAUAUGUAGACUACUUGGCAAAAACAAAAAAGAUGGAUUAAAGUUAUAGCACCAAUUUUGUGGCGGUCUCU